UUUAAUUCAACAAGGAGGCACACCACACUCACCGCUGGUGCAGACAUUCAGGAAACUGUUACAGUGUCAUAUACAGAGAAACUCCAGAUCUAAGACCAGUUGGAAGGACAAAAUGGGUGUGUGGACAGCCCUCAUUCUGGCCUCACAGCUGCUAUUAAAAUUGUGCUUUCAAGUGGAAGCCCAGGCAUUGGUCUAUGAUCUCCUCACCUCGCCUGACUGCCUGCCAGACCUGCUGCAGGGGGGUCUGGCUGAGCAAGGGGUGAAUGAGGCUUUCAUCCUCACCACCUUCACGUUGCAGCCCAAGACCGGAACCACUGUGUUCAGCCUUCACAACCCCAGGGACAACAGCAAGUAUUUUGAAUUCACUGUGAUGGGGAAGCUCAACCGAGCCGUGUUACGCUACCUGCGUACCGACAAGAGGAUGAGCUCCGUUACCUUCAACAACCUGAUCCUGGCAGAUGGACAACAACACCGACUAUUGUUCCACCUGAGGGGUCUGCAGCAGCAGGGGCCAGGUGGGGUGGAGCUGCAUCUGGACUGCAGACUGGUGGAGACAGUCAGGGAUCUCCCUGCUGCCUUCCAGGGUUUGCCAGCAGGGUAUGGUACGGUGGAACUAAAGACCAUGCAAGUCAGAGAUCAGGAGAGCUUAGAUGAGCUAAAGCUGGUGGUUGGGGAUUCAUUUGAGAAUGUUGCUUCAAUACAAAACUGCCAUUUUCAGCAAAGAGACUCCGUUCAAACUCUGGGGGUCAACACCAAGCAGCUGUCCAAUCAAAUGAUGGAGUUAACGAAGGUGAUAAAUGAGCUAAAAGACGUCCUCAUUCAGCAGGUUAAAGAAACCUCCUUCCUCAGAAACACAAUCUCAGAGUGCCAGGCCUGCGGUCUGGGAGGUACUGAGGUGGUGAGACCAAAGUGUACUCCAGGUGUCUGUUUCCGUGACGAUAUGUGUGUGGAGACAGCAGAUGGUGUUGAGUGUGCACCCUGUCCUGAUGGUUACACAGGAGAUGGUUUCAACUGUGAUGACGUAGAUGAGUGCCAGUUUAACCCCUGCUUCCCUGGAGUGAAGUGCGUGAACACCGCUCCAGGCUUCCGCUGUGACGCCUGUCCGCUGGGCUACGUUGGCCUGCCAGUGAAGGGAGUUGGCAUCUUGUUUGCUCAGACCAACAAACAGGUUUGUGAUGACAUUGAUGAAUGCAAAGAGCCCAACAAUGGAGGCUGUACCGCAAACUCAGUCUGUCACAACUCUAUGGGCUCUUAUCACUGUGGCAGCUGUAAGUCAGGUUUCACAGGGGAUCAGGCGAAGGGCUGUAAGCCAGAGAUCAGCUGUGGAAACAGCCUGACCAACCCCUGUGAUAUCAAUGCCCAGUGUAUUCUAGAAAGAGAUGGGUCCAUAUCUUGUCAGUGUGGAAUUGGUUGGGCUGGUAAUGGAUAUCUCUGCGGCAAGGACACCGACAUUGAUGGAUAUCCUGAUGAAAAGCUCAAAUGCAAAGAUGCAAAUUGUAGAAAGGAUAACUGCAUCUACGUUCCUAACUCUGGUCAAGAGGAUGCUGAUAGGGAUGGCCAAGGAAACGCAUGUGAUGACGAUGCAGAUGGUGAUGGUAUCCUAAAUGAGCAGGACAACUGCCCAUUAAAACCCAAUGUGGACCAAAGGAACAGUGAUAAAGACAGCCAUGGUGACGCCUGUGACAACUGUCGUAUAGUGGAGAACACUGACCAGAGGGACACCGAUGGCGACGGCAAAGGUGACGCCUGUGAUGACGACAUGGAUGGAGAUGGUGUGAAGAAUUUCCUUGACAACUGUCAACGCGUCCAGAACAGAGACCAGCUGGACCGGGAUGGAGAUGGCGUGGGAGAUGCGUGUGACAGCUGCCCCGACAUCCCCAACCCAAACCAGUCUGACAUUGAUAACGAUCUGGUUGGAGACUCCUGCGACACAAACCAAGACAGUGAUGGUGAUGGUCACCAGGAUACCAAAGAUAAUUGCCCAUUAGUAAUCAACAGCUCCCAGCUGGACACAGACAAAGACGGGCUGGGAGACGAAUGUGACGAUGAUGAUGACAACGAUGGCAUCCCAGAUAUUUUACCACCAGGGCCAGACAACUGCAGGCUGGUGCCAAACCCAGACCAGAUUGAUGACAACAAUGAUGGUGUUGGAGAUCUGUGCGAGUCUGAUUUUGACCAGGACAAAGUGAUUGACAGGAUCGAUAACUGUCCCGAAAAUGCAGAGGUUACUCUGACUGACUUCAGGGCCUAUCAGACGGUGGUGUUGGACCCUGAAGGCGAUGCCCAGAUUGACCCCAACUGGGUUGUUUUGAACCAGGGAAUGGAAAUUGUUCAAACCAUGAAUAGUGACCCAGGACUUGCUGUUGGUUACACUGCUUUCAGUGGAGUGGACUUUGAGGGGACAUUUCACGUAAACACAGUUACCGAUGACGACUACGCUGGUUUCAUCUUUGGAUACCAGGACUCAUCUUCCUUCUACGUGGUGAUGUGGAAACAAACUGAACAAACCUACUGGCAAGCAACACCGUUCAGAGCGGUGGCUGAGCCUGGCAUCCAGCUGAAGGCUGUGAAGUCUAAAUCAGGCCCUGGGGAGCACCUGAGAAACUCACUGUGGCACACAGGAGACACCAAUGACCAGGUGCGUCUGCUGUGGAAGGACCCAAGAAAUGUGGGCUGGAAGGACAAGGUGUCCUACCGCUGGUACCUGCAGCACCGCCCACAAGUUGGAUAUAUCAGAGCACGCUUUUAUGAGGGAACUGAGCUGGUUGCAGACUCUGGUGUGACCAUUGACACGACCAUGAGAGGAGGACGACUUGGCGUGUUCUGUUUCUCUCAAGAAAACAUCAUCUGGUCCAAUUUGAAAUAUCGCUGCAACGACACCAUCCCAGAGGAUUUCCAGGAGUUCAGCACUCAGCACGCCAUCGACUCAAUCUAAACUCCUUACAGAUAUAUGACACCUGAUCUACGAAGAAUGUGUUUGAGUGUGGAUAAAUGAGUGUGUGUGGGAGUGCAUUUGUGAGUGUCUGUGAAUUGAUGUGUAAAGUUUCUAUACAAUUAUGACCACAAUCCUUGUACUGUAUGUGCAUACCAUCAUGUCCUUUCACUCAAAUGUCUCCUUUCUGUUUAAUCAUUUCUCAAAAUCUCCAGCUGACCUUCUUAUUCUAAAUGUAAUAAGUUAGAAGGAACUUUAACAAACACAAUGUUGGAAAUUUUACAAGAGAAAUACAUAAAAACUAAUAAUAUAGUCUGUUUUUACACAGUAUGCAUUAAAUUUAAAGAAAAAAGUGACAUACUCAUAGUGAUACUUUACCUAACUAAGCCAGAAAGUCCAAUUUGGGAAAUUGUAGUGAAAGAUUUCAAUCACAUCUUUUAUAGAUCAGACAGGUCUAAUCUAUUCCAAUAUCAAUGUGAGUUUAUCAGAAUAGUUUAUAUCCUCAGAUGACAGCAGGAGUCAUUUAUGGCAAAAGCCUAUUUGUUUCCAGCAUACUGGCCGUGGACUUUCAACACCAUAGAUCCAUUUUUCACAGUCUCUUUAUUCCAAAUUAUGUAGAAAACAUGACCAUAAAUCCCCGAUGGAGCCUUUGAGCUUCAUUCAUUCCCACUGCACUUUGUGUAAACUGCAACAGCAUUUGUAGACAAAUAAAAAUGAGCAUUUUGUGGGUUGUUGCACGAUAAUACAAAGCUGUUUUUCCUCAGACUUGAGUAUUUUAAUUAGAUGCCUCAUAACAUGGAAGCUCAAGUUUACUAUCCUUCUGCUUUGUCUAAAAUAUUAAGUUGCCUUUUUAUCUUUUCCAUUCAUAUUUUCUUCUGUUGUACCUUUAAUUUAGUCAAUAUUUUCAUACAUUUACUCUGUAAAUCCGAGCCUGUUUUAUAACAUGUUAUCUUAGCGUUUGUAUUGACUUUUUUUUUUUUUUGUUUUGUUUUUUUUUUUUCGAAUCUGAAAGAAUAAAGCUUAAGAAAUCAAAAUUUAUCUAAAUGUUUUUAAAUUCACGAAAGCAUCAUGUUAAACAAAUGUGACUCUGUUUUAAUGUUUUGGUUUAUAUGUAGUGUUAUCAUAAUUUUAACUAAAAACAGACUAGCUUUAAUAGCUUUGGAUACUUCUCUGCUUUUUUUUCUGACACCAUCAUAAGUGAAUAACAGUUGUGUUUUAUUUGCUUUAAGGAGGAUGAACAAGUUUCAGAAAGUUUCUUACUCACUAGAAUACAUUAAGCUGUAACGCUGUAUUCCAUCAUCUGAGCCUAAGGAUAUUGUUCAUUUCAUGUCUCUGUAGGUGUGAACCUGAUCAAAAUAAAGGGCUU